AUGUUGGACACAGAGGCCUACCACCUGACCAUCGCUCUGUUCUCAGCAAUGCUGCUGGGUAUAGAAGGCGACUGUAACAUUACGUCUUUCCAUGUGGACCUGAUAAAAUCAGUCGACACGUACAUUUCUGACGCCCAUGGUAUAACAACGGAGACUCGGGACGACGAGCCUAUCUCACCAUACUGCAGGCGGUACAUAGACGUACUGACCUGCUCGGAGCUGUUACUGGCAGAAAUGCCAGACUGUAACUCGUUGGAAAUACAAGAAGCGUUCCCGACAGUGCGAGAGGCCAGACAGCCAUCUGAAGAUUGUGGGCUGCAGAGCAACAUCACUUGGUACAAUUCUACCGCUGGAGAAGAUGACUUUCUACACGAAGAAGUGAUAACGCGAUGCAGACAGUGGAUCUACCGGGGAUACCUGCAGACGUGCACGGAGAGAUUCGCCAAGACUAUCUCAACUGUGAAAAAGUCGGAACUUUGCGUUUGGCCUGGGGAACAGGUCGGGCCCUACACGGAACUAGCAGCCUGCGCGCACCACGCCGGCAAGCUAACCGCCAACCUAGAAACUCUUCAGUACGACGACUUCAUGAAAGAGAUCCAUCAGAAGUUCUACCGUCACUGUCACGACUGGAGGAACCGAGGCGAGUUCGAUCCUCCCAGCGACGUCCUGGCCGCGUGCGUGGCGGCACCGACUGUGGCAGCCCUGGUGGCCGCCAUCUUGUUAGCGACCUGGGAUCUACUGCUCGGCCGGAAACAAAAGAUGCCAGUAAACACAGACACAGAUGACGAGGACGCAGGGUAUGAACAAUAGCAGGAUUUAUGAUGACAAACAAACAACAAACAAACAAACAAACAAACGGAAAUAUGCACAUACAAACGAUAGAACGCAACAUAACACUACCUGUUAUAUACUUUCAGGUGAUUACUUUGAUAUAGCUAAAUAGAACGUUAUUUGUGACAACUUAUUUAUGACAACGAAGUAGCUAGCUGGAAAUAAUCAAAGUUAAAAAAAGGUUCACCUCGACAUUAGUAAGUAAUCUGUAAGACAUCACACCUUUGAAGGUAUGCAGUAAUAUCAUUUGAAAAAGCAAAUAUCUCAUUUGAUAAAUAUACCAAUUUGAUUUGAUCUUAAGUAUGAGUAUAUAUCUAUGGUU